AUGGCUUUGUCCAAUGCGAACCCGCAAAGGCUGUCAGGGCCCAACACUUCGUCUAAUUUUGUUAGGGCCGAUGAUCUGGAGCAGAAGGUGGUCUCGAAGCUGGAGGUGGACACCUUACAAUCGGAAAAGCAGUCUGUGAACAGAUGGCCAACGCUCUUUGAAAUUCUCAACCGCAGAACUCAGUCUCCCGUUGAUCUGUGGUCGUUCUAUGUCUACAUGAGAGAUGAGCAGAGAAAUAUAGACUAUUUGGACUUUUGGAUCGACACAGUGCAGCAUAUGGGUCUUUGUAAGGCCUAUGUCAAGGGGCUCAAACAGUCACUGGCUGUUAACGAGAGAAUACGAAAUGCCGACCAGACUUUUAACUCUGCCCCCGGACAGAGCACUCCUUUAAGGCAGCAGACUCCUCAGUCUAAUAGACAGUCUAAUACCAGCAGCAGAGACUCAAAGUCCUCAUCGCUACUGUUGGACCUGCUCAUGCGCAACAAUCUCCUUGAGGAGUCCGAUUCCCGCAGAAUGUCCGCUUUCCUGCGGGGAGAAAGUAGUGUGCGAUCGAGCGAUCCGUUGGUGAACGCGAAAAUCGAUGAGCUGAAACGAAAAUCACAGACUCCGAGCGAUGACAACUCAAAGGAUACCUCAAGAGAAUCAAAUUCUGCCAAGAGAGUGUCUACAAUCAAUCCUCAAAUGAUUGAGACCAUGAUACAGCAGGAUCUGCUUCCUCGUGAGAAGCCAUUCAAGGACAGUCAUUUUGCCACACGCGAGAAACUUAAUCAAUCUGCACAGAAUAUAGUGCGUACCUACUUCCUUGAUAGCUCGCCCAAGAAAAUAGUGAUACCUCCAGAAAUGGUGGAAAGAGUGAUCCAGGCCGUUCAAAGAGACGGACGCGAUGAUCCAGAGGUCUUUGACGAGUCGCGAGAGUUUGUUUUCAAAGCUAUGGAACACGAGGCAUACCCUAAUUUCCUCCGAUAUCAUGCAUUGUCAAACGUUACGUCAAAAUCAGCAGCCUAUAGAAUGCUGGGCUCGUUUUUUUCUGGAUUGGGGGCUUUCUGGACCGGAUAUACUCUUAUUUUCCUUGACUACCAACCAAAGCAAGUGCGCUGGGUCGUCGUCGUGCCGUUUUUUUUUGCAUUCUACUUGUUGCUAAGCAGCUACUACCGGGUAGACCCCUUGCUAUAUUUUGCGGGCUACAGCGAGAGCCACGCAUCGAAAAAUGGACUUGUGCGCAUCAAGGAGCCGUUCGUGAAGAAUUUGCUGAAGCGACGCUCCAUUUUUGUGCUGUUGCUCAUAUUGCUGAUGACAGCUGUUCUGAGCAUCAUAUUCGCCCUGGUGCCAGGCAGAAGGCUUUGA